CCUCGCCUCAUCAACAAGCGGCCCCCUAUUCUCAGCUCAAAUGUGCAGAUUUUUUCAAGAGAUUCUUGCGUGUUGCUCAGACUUGCCUUCCUGGCGAAGCCCUGAGCUGAGCUGAGGUCGAGCAAUUUGACCAACCUUUCACGACAGGGUGAUGUGGCUGUUUCGGGGGGCCCAGUCUGCGAUCUUCUACUACGCAGCCUGUACUCCUUGUACAGAGCAUCUCCAGAAACGGAAGAGGAAGAGAGACGCAGCGCGGACCGCACGUGAGGCCGGCAGGGAUGCCCUCGUUACCGACCAGCCUGUCUUCUACCAGCCAACGCCGUUCAGCACAAACAGAUACUGGAGCGAGGAGAUUGCUCUAGGACCUGGGCCGCCAGCGAGACGUGGGAGGAACAAUAACAAUCACAAUGCUACCAGUCGGACGGGGAGCCAGAAGAACCUGGCUGCACUUGAAAAGGAGAAGCCCACUGUGACGGAGAAAGCAGUGCUGACCGGAGUACUGGAGGACUUGCCCAUAGCAAAGGACAGCAGCAGUAAUGGCAGGAAGAACGAUAUGGGAAGCGAUCUGGCUACUCGGUGGAAUAGUGUACGGUAUCAACGGGACGACGAAGUGCUUUGGGGGUGCGAAGGAAGGGCUUCGUCUACGAGUUUACGGGUUGCAACUCGUGGCUCUUCAAAAUACUCCCUCGAUCCACCACCAGAAGUUCAUGACGUCUAUCCACCAAUUGCAAAUGCGUUGAUGAGGAAAGAAGAGAUUCAAUGGAUGCUUCAACCACCGCCGAGUGCGAAGGUUAUGGAGGGCAAGAUCCGAGCAGACCCUACCUCGAGGUUCUCGGCAAGCAGUAGCCCGCUUCUCAGGGGUAUUACACAGUCGCCGAGUAAUACUGGUAUUGACACACAUAGACAUCAACAUCUUCUCUCUCGGCCAUCUCCCGUCCAAAGUCCCGAAUCAGCUUCGCUCAGGCAUAGCCCUACUACAAAAUCACGCAAGUCCUCGACGGGAGCGACUAUAUCCCGCGACUUAAUACCCAUCGACUCCUUGAUCUCUCUCUCAAACACUGCCCAGUCACAGGACCAGCAGCGUUCUUCCCCCCCUUGUCUCUCUACUACAGUUCGCAGACAAUCGUUGGACCGUCAUCAUCACCAACAACAGCAGCAACAACAACAGCUCACCCUCUCUCCAUCCAACGACUCCAGUACUGCUUCUCCACUAGAACUAAAACCGUAUGUAUCACUCCCCAGUCUCCAACCCCCGAGGACCCGCCAGCACCGCAAAUAUGAAACAGAACACCGACCAACAUCCAAAGAAACCGUUGACAGCGGCAAGGCUUUCCGGCCUAUCACGCCUUCCUCUAACAACGCCCAUUGGCUUCGUGCCGCAAGCCGUUCAAAGACGUCAAAGUUACCGUUCACCAGCACCGUACAGCUGGCUAACGAUGAUAAUCAUGAUUCGGACCACACUCUUGAUGAUGUCGAGUUUGAUCGAGUAGAUCGUAUCCGAACAUACAGAUGGAGCAUGGACUUUUAACCAGUCUCUACCUUCCUCCUUCCUUAAAAGAAAAGCAAACAUAAAAGAGUUAGAAAAAAUGGGUGUUUCUUGUAUAUAUUCUUCAUCCCUUCUCUAACCCGACGCUUUGAUUUUUAUAUCCGCUGUAUUUGCCCUUCCCUCGCCUUUUUCCCAUACACGGCAUAUCGCCAGUAUACGCAAUGCAUCAGCUUGGCUAUACCAUACCACCCCCCCUGGCCGGAUUGGCCCUUCUAUAUCUUACUGCAUGAAACUUCCACAGCAUGGUCUGUCUUUAUUCGUUCGUACGUCUGCAUAUUUCAUUUCCUUCGCGCAUUCGUUUAACUCCGCCUUUUUUUCCCUC